AUUGAAAGUUCCUCGUGCAUAUGGUGGUGGUCGAGCUCCGGCGAAUCAGCAGCCAGAGGUCCCUCGACACCAGGGUUCCAAGGUUCUCGUUUGUCGGCUGCUUCUACACUACAGUGGCAGGCCCCACUCCGCAGACGACGCGACGUCCGACCCAACCUCCAAUCCCCACGCUCUGCUGCCCUGUCACGACCUCUCUGAGUCUCCUCAACCUUACUGCACUGCGCACUGCGCACUUGCCUUGCCGGCCUUGAACAGACAGCCAACCUUGAACUGGAUGUCCAUUCCGAAUUCGAGUCUCCCAGUCUGCCAGUCAAGUGGCCCACUGGCCCUUCAGUCCAUUCCACAGCCUCGUCUGGGAUGAGGAUGCAUACAGACCCAUUGCUGCCCGUCCUCUCAUGCCCCAGAACUCGUAUGGCAUCAGACUAUUCGUCUGCUUUUCAACGCCCCUCGCCCCUCGAACCCGCUCUGCCCCGUACUGAGUCAGGGACAGCGUGUGAUAGUGAGUACGAAAGUGACGAGACGGUGAUGAGCAGGCACGUCGAUGUUCAUUGCCAGCCUACCAGACAUGGUUUCUUCUGCUGAGCACUUUAUUAUUGCACUGAUCUUGUCUGGGCUUCCGCCACUUGCUUUGAGAGAGGUUGAGCCACGCUGCAUGCCCCUCCAUGCUAGGCUUGUUAGCUGUGGUAGGAGCUACACAGCAACAGGGGGCUCUUAGACGAUAUGCAGUGGCUGGCUCAGAUCCUGGUUUCUUGAGCUGCGACUCGGUGCAUCGAGAUGAGCCGGACCGCAUCCGCUUGAGAUCCCAUGGUUCGGCUGGAGAUGCAUAUCUAAUUCUGUCUUCGGACCAAUCAUUGACAGCUCAAAGCACCUGUGAUUAGGCGCUCUGCUCUCACAACGCUCUCGGACUCGAUGAGGCCAUAUACGGUCCCUAGGGGCCACGCCUCCAGUCUUUCUCUUUAAAGCGUGUUGGAUCUUCGUUCGGCCCCCUUGGCCCCCGAUACAAGCGCCAAAGUCCCCCGUUCUUGCAUGUCGUUGGGUCCAGACGCCCCCAGGAGAUGAGGCGGUAGCCGUUCAACUUUGUCUGUCUUGUAGCUUCCUCCACCACGAGGUCCCGUGCUACUCACAUAUUCUCCUCUGUUGUACUCAAACGUCUUCUCCUCGUGUUGCUUCUCGACCAUUGCACAGCAUCUGAACUUGCUGCUUUACACACGCGAGCAACACAGCUGUCUAGAGCCACACAGCAGGCGCGAAAGCCGGCCACUCGGUACAUCUAGAUAUCAACCGACGUCGGGCAGCCAGUCCAGCAACUCCAUGUGACGACUGAGAAGAAUUGGGCGUGGACCGUGAUCAGCCCUGUACAGCAGAACUACAACCGCUGGAGCGGCGGCAAGACACCCUCAUAUCUGUAUGUGGUGGCUUUCUCCUUUCCCUUACUAUCUAUUGUACAAAACAUUUUGGGACACUGGCUCUUAGAGAAUCGACUCCCUGUAUAUCUGCUGUAACCACCCUUUUGGAACAUGCGCGUUAUGCGGCCAUCCGACUAACACCUUCGCUAUUCGUAUCGCAGAUAAGAAGGACCUGGUUACCACAGCCGCCAUGUCAGAACAGCUCUCGAGAAACCGGUCGGUUUCGAUGGGCUCGGGUCAUUCAUCGAAAGGGAAGAGUAGGAUGGCGACAUUAUCAGAAUUGAGUGCCAGUAUGCCUCCGACGGAGAUGACUCGGGACUUUGAGCCAUGUGCUGCGACGGCAUCAAUGUUCUUGUAUGCGCAAGGAAAUUCGGUGGUCUGCGCACACCACGAUACCCUGAUGAUCGAGCGUCGAUUUUCGAGACAUACUGAAGAGAUAUCGUUAUUAGCAGUGGAUACGGUGAGCGAGAGGGGUGCAGGACGACUGGUUGUGAGUUAUGACGUUGGGCAGACGGCCAUUGUGUGGGAUUGUAUGACGGGGGACGAGCUUGCGCGCUUUGCAUCUUAUGAGAACUUGACAGUGGCAGCAUGGAUGCGAAAUGGAAAUGUUGCUUUUGGAAAUGCGCAGGGAAAUGUCAUUCUGUUCGAGCCAACAACCUCUGAACAUAUUUCGGGGAGAACGAUAGACCAGAUCCCAAUUACGGCUUUGGCACCAGCAGCAGAUUGCAGAACAUAUGCUAUUGGAUUUUCCAAUGGCUCGCUUCUGAUUGCAGCUCUGCAGCCAAGAUUUACUAUUCUUCAUAAUUUGACGACUUCUAGGGGACCAUCACCAAUUGUUACGUUGGCCUGGCAUGCAUCCUCUUCGCGACAAAAGUCAGAUAUGCUGGCCACGCAAACGAACGACGGCGACCUCCGAGUUUGGAGUAUCGCCAAAUCACCAACCAGCAAUGACAGUGCAAAGGUGGUUCGGGUUCUAAAACGUACGGAGAACUUCCAAACCGGUCCAAAUUGGUUGGGAUGGUCCAAGAAUGGGCGCAUUGUUCAAUAUUCGGAAGGCGAAACAUCGUCAUGGGACGUUCGAACUAAGCAUGUAACCUAUGAGUCGGUUCCAACCCUAGACCACGUCAGAGGGCUUGCUGUCUACGGCCCCGGCGCGACCCUAUUCACACUUGGUCGAAGCAACACGGCGCAGCAGUUCGAUCUAAACUCACCACCUCAGUUGGUGGCAAAUGUACAGCAUCCGGCCAAUCUGCUGCCUCCGUCGCCACCUGUCUCUAUCGAAGAACAGAAGAAGCAGAAGGGUUCAGCGCCUACAUCAGGUGAGGACAUUCAAGCAGUGCCGAUCAAUGUCGACAUCUCGGAGAGUGAUGAGGACCACAUGUCGCCUCUGGCGCGGAUUGCCAGAGAGAUGGACAAGCUUGAAGUUGGGCGACACGACCCAGACCGCGCGGACACUCUCAGCCCAGUCUCGUCAAGGAGUCACGCAUCCACCACUUCGCGGUCCUCGGCUGGCUCUAGAACACAGUAUCGCAAACACUCCUCUGUCGUAUCACGUGGAAUUAGUGAUGGCACUACCAUGUCUAUUGGCUCCUCAUUUCACUCUACGCGGGAGCCAUCAGUGGUCUCGAGUCGUGAUAGCUUGUCGAUGAGCAGCAUCAGCACUCAGUCGAAUACCUCUGGCCGCUCUCGUCCAAGAGGCUCUCGCUUACGACAGGAGGUACUCCGCAGUCCAGAUGACGCCAAGGUUGUGGAUCUUUUCAAGUUCACCAAGUCGAGGCUGAGUGACAUCCCCUACAAACACCCGCAGGUCCUAGACAAUACUCGCUUGACGAACAACGAUCUUCGUCGGCAGAUGUUGAGCACGAUCUUUGGAUGGGAUGGCGAAGCGCAGGAACUGAUCCAGGAUGAAAUGAAUCGGCAUCCCAAGGGUUCACCCAAUCGCUUACUGCUCGCUAAAUGGCUCGGUGACAUAGACACUGAUAUCAUGGCUACCAGUUCGGAGUCCAUGACAUCCUCCGACUGGAUGCUACUGGCUUUGAGUGGAAUUGGUGGCCAUGCUUCUCAAACCAAAGUCGCGCGAGCAUAUGUGCAGCGUCUUCUCGAGAAAGGAGAUGUGCACACAGCUGCAACUAUCAUGAUCGGCAUGGGAGAUCAGAACGACGCAAUCGAGAUUUAUGUUUCUCACAAGAGGUAUAUGGAGGCUUUAAUCUUGGUUUGCUUGGUAUUUCCAUCCGACUGGCAACGACAGGCAGAGUUAAUCAGGAAAUGGGGUGAGUGGGCUGUUCAGCACAGUCAACAACAACUGGCUAUCCGCUGCUUUUCAUGUACUGGUACGGAACCAUCAGAACCAUGGGUAUCACCAACUGCCCAGGCAGCGACUUUCUCCCAACUUCAGAGCAUGAGCAUUCCGGAAAUGUUGAGCCCUCCAUUGUCUCCACCUGGAGCUCGUGGUCCUCAACGUAGUAUCGCCAAGACAUCUGCUCUCAAACUCAUCACCUCUUUUGGUGACAAAACUGGGAAGUCGAAGUUUUUCGGACUGGGCGAAGAUGAGAGGACCCCAGUUGGCGGUGGUGUCACUCCCAUUGCGGAAUCGGCACUUUCUCCUAGCGGCGGUGACACUGCUCACACAGCAUUCCUGAGGCCAAGCCAUCGAAGCGCUUAUCAUACUCCGGCAUCUGCUCGGACGGCGACUCCUGGCGGGUUCUCAAGGCAACGAUUACCAUCCAUUGGUGAGAUGCCUUCCGAUGUGAUCCCAAAAAGGGUACUGGAACCGGCGAAGUUGCCGACCCCUAAUGACUCUGGAUCUGACAAAGAGAGAAACGAGCGACCAGGUGUACACGAGCGGAAAGUUUCUCUACCAGAAACCAUGCAACUCAAUUCGGCAACAUAUGUGCCGAUGAAUAGAGCUGCUACUGCCAGUCCUAUGAUGCAGAAAAACAAGCAACAGAAGAUCUCAAAUCCACUACCCUCUCCAUCACCAGAGUCUUUCACGAUCACAAAGCAGAAUGCGCGCACUCGCAAUGGUUCCCGAGAUCGUAAGCCAGAUGGACUGCAGAUUCAGUGGCCACCAAUGGAAUCCAUCAUCACUGGAGAUUACAUGACUUCGCCAGAUCUUUCGGUCGCCUCAUCUAGAGCGCGGACAGGGACUAACCGGUCGGUCGCUGGUUCGACAACAUCGCAUUCGACUGCCGCUAACAGGAGUCCUCUAACCAGCGAGAGAAGCUACAGAAGUGUUGGAACUGCAAGUCCUGUAGUUACUGGCCGAAGCUUGGAUCAAUACAUAAGCAGUUUGGAAUCCGCACAACACCACGCUGAGAAGCAGAAGAGGCAAGCAAGUAGGGAGAGGGACCGCAAUGGACGAGCUCGGAGUGGAAGCCGCAAAUCUAAAGGCAGGGAGCCUUCUGAAGAUCGUGGCCGAAGCGCAGCUCGAUUUAUCAAGCCUGCAAAACGGUCCCCAACCUCCCCAGUUCCGAUGUCUCCUGAAGAUCUCCGAGAUCUAGGCGCAGUAGGAUAUGGUGAAGAUUCUCUUCCUUCAGCUAGACGUGAUCCUAGCCAGUCUAGAGUGAAGAGCUCGAAGCCUUCCAGCAGAGUCCGCCAUAUAUCUCCUGAACCUGUGGGUCGGUCACAGAUCAGCAGCAAACCUGCCAGUCGUGUUUCAAGCCGCAAUAACAGUCGGCGCCCAAGUCCUGAUGGUCGCACUCUGGCUCUCAUCGAUACAAGACGUGGCAGAAGCAAGGGCCGUGAAGGAUCUGUGAUGAGAUCUCCAUCUUCGCCACUUCCAAUGUCACCACAGACCAAAUUCUAUCAAGCUGAUAAUGAUGAGGACAACGAAGAAUUGAAGCGAGUCCACAACGAGCACAAGCAAUUUAGGUCUCGGCAUCGAAGCAGCAGCAGACUCAGAGAACGCGGAACAAGUGCUGUUCGCGAUCCUUCCCCUGAUAGGAGGCGUCGUGAUCGGUCUGCCAGUCGAGUUCGAAGAGAGAGGGACGCCAGCAGGACGCGAAAGGAGCCAUCGCCACAUCCAAAGCGCGAUCGCUCAGCUCACUCUCGUACCGUUUCUAUGUCGGAUCAGCGAGCUGGUGACAUCAAGCAGAUCAAAGAUGAACGUACUCUGAAGAAGGAGCAAGCUGCUCGUGACUUGGAAGAAAGGCGCAAAUCCCUUGUUCGACGCCCGUCCGUACCUCCGAUUGUUCAUCCUGAAGAGCUCGCUCAGUUGUCGCCUAUGCAAUAUCGCCCUUCUCCAUCGCCAGAGUUCAACAGGUCGUCAACUUACCCAUCUCCCAAGCCUUCUCAAAUGCAGCCAUCUAGAAGCCAAACAACGUCCCCGGCUAAUCUUCAAACUUCUCCGGCCUACCUGAAGGAGUCUGGUGAGCGUGCAUCCAUGCAAAUUGGUUUGCCAGCCACUCCGCGAGCCAUGAGACAUCCAAAGUACGAUCCUGACGGAAAUGACAUCCCAGAUGUCCCUCAAAUUCCUGAAAGAUACGAUCAGCCCCAACCACCGUCGUGGGGAAGUCUGAACGCCAUUACUUACAACAGCGCAUUUGAGAACCUUGCGCCUCUUCCAAAGACCACUUACCAAGCGACACCUCGAAGACUGCCGCCUCGCUCGGCUUCUGCUCCAAUCCCGGAAGAGCCGCUCUCACCGAAGGCUCUGCCUGCUGCCCUCCCGUUGCACCCGGCUUUCCACGCCGCUCUUCCACCUAGCAGCAGAAGAAAGACUCAGGACCCAAACACCGCGCGAGCUCCAUUGCUGUCGCCCCGCAAGAUUGCUCCCGGUGAAUCUCAGCCUGGCACUCUGGGAUACGAGACCCUGAAUUCCCGGCCAGCAUAUGCUAGUGGUGUUCCAGGCAUCAUGAACGGUAUUGACGAGACAAUCGAAGCUAAUAGCCAACCUCUCAACCCUUCGAAUGAUAAUUUGACACCGCCGCCGCCGCCUCCUCCUCCCGCGCCACCGAUUCUUAAGGAGUUGCAACAUCUAGCCAUGCCACCUCCACCUCCUCCUGCUCCACUAUAUCGUCCGAACAAUCCUAACACGAACUCUGUGGUAUCGGGUGUAUCCCAAGGAUCUGGUGUCAUCGAGAUUGUGAUGGAUGAGGACGAUGAUAAGAUCAACCAAACAAUCAUCGAAGUCCCCACAACUCAGCAACAAUUCCAACGCACUCCAUCCAUCAGCCACAACCGUGGCCGCAGUGAGAACGACAAUAGCAUCUCUGGACGAUUUAACCGAGCUGCCGAGCGUCUUCGAAGUGCCAGUCGUGGAAGGAACGGAGCCUCGCCCAAUCUCGACCGAACCAGAAGCCCUCCGCAGUCAGAGCAGAGUCUGCAAGGCUUGCAAAGCCCAUACGAAAGCGUGCCCCCUCUCUGGAGCCCAGGCCGCAACCCAGCAACCCCUGGGUUGCAGCAACAGAACAUAACUGAGAGACACCCAAGAGAAGUGAAGGCCACAAUGAACAUGGACGGAGGGAUGAUCUAAACUUUGCUCUCGUAUUCUUAUCUAUAUUCUCUAUUUGCAUCCUACAUUUACAGACGUCUUUGUUCUACAUUUCAGCUUCGAAUACUUUUCUUCACAUUCGAUACCCUUCCUUCUCAUCCAUGUGACUCUUCCUCACAGAGUUCCAAAUUUAUUGCAUUCUUCGGUGGUAUGGGAUUAAGCCGAGCUGUCCAGAAGGCAGCUGUCUGGCUAUGAAAUUAACGAGUCUUUUUUUACGCUUUACAAAUCUUUUCCAGACUUCAUGCGGGGUGUUUUUCUUCAAACCAUGUAUUCUACUUCUUACAGUCUCUGAUUUUCAUCCAAACAUUUACAUGAAGGCGUAUUUGUUAUUGUCGUCUCGGUUAUCUCCAGUACUCUCAUUUACAGGCGACAAGUCAAAGUGCAUUCCGAAUAUGUGGAAUGGCUGGAUAUAUGGUGAUGUGGAUGGAAAGAACUUGGAGUAGUGCCACAUGAUGUCAUAAUAUGGGGUCUGUAUGGACAACAAACUAAGAAGGAAAAAGCUCUUCGGGUCUUUAUUUAAAUGUUAUGCCUCGCGGCUGGCUCUCUGAUAGUUUACUGUUGAAUAUAACGAUCUCUUUGCUCCUGAAAU